GUCUCGUCCUCAAACGUCUCGGGGUUCGGUUCCCUGAGCCUGGGGCUGUCCCCACAGGGAGGACGCGGCUCGGUCUCCCGGGCCCACCCGGGAGGCGCCCGCGGCGCUGGGACACCUCCGGCCGCGUCCACACUUUGCUAAGCUAGUGCCUAUCUGGUUGUGAGUGAAAACCCAGAGGAAGACAAUUGGCAACUGAGUUACUGACAAUGCAAUCACUGGAGUCAGUGACUUUGAAAGAUGUAGCUAUAGACUUCACCAAAGAGGAGUGGGCCCUGCUGGACACAUCCCAGAAAAAACUGUUCAGAGAUGUGAUGCUGGAGAGUAUCAGUCAUCUUGUCUCAGUGGUUGUUUCAAGUGGGGAAAGUGGUCUUAAAAAGCAAGAAAUGAUAUCCAUGCUACAUAUCUGCAGGAAGAACAUAUCUACCAUCAUGUCAUUGCAGAGAUCUCAUACGCAAAAGAAUGGCUUUACAUGUAGUGAAUUGCCAGAAGAUUUUACUCACAGAUCCAGAGUGAUGCAACAUACAUUAACUCACAUGGGAAAGAAACCCUAUUUCAGCCAUCUAUUUGGAAAAGCCCUCAGUGAACAGUCAUUUUUUAAUCAACCAAAGCAUAUUUGCACAAGAAAUAAAUCAUAUGAAUGUGACCUCAUUGGUAAAGCCUUUAUUCAAAGCUCUGGCCUUACACAUUACAAUAGAACUCCUAUUGGAGAGAAACCAUAUGAAUGCCACGUAUGUGAGAAAACCUUCAGUAUAAUGUCUAAACUUAGGAUACAUGAGAGGAUUCAUACUGGAGAGAAACCCUAUGAAUGUCAUUUAUGUGGGAAAGCCUUCACUGAAUGUUCUUCCCUGAGAUACCAUGCAAGAACUCACACUGGAGAGAAACCCUAUGAAUGUCAUCUAUGUGGUAAAGCUUUCAACAGAAUGUCUAAACUUAGGAUACAUGAGAGAAUUCAUACUGGAGAGAAACCCUAUGAAUGUCAUCUGUGUGGGAAAGCCUUCACUGAAUGCUCUUCCCUGAGACAACAUGAGAGAACUCACACUGGAGAGAAACCAUAUGAAUGUCAUCUAUGUGAGAAAACCUUCAGUAAAACUUCCCAAGUUAGACAACAUGAGAGAAUUCAUACUGGAGAGAAACCAUAUGAAUGUCAUUUUUGUAGGAAAGCCUUUGCUCAAUGUUCUGCCCUUAGACGACAUGAGAGAAUUCACACUGGAGAGACACCCUAUGAAUGUCAUCUAUGUGGGAAAGCCUUCAUUCAGUGUUCUGGCCUUAGACAACACAAGAGAACUCACACUGGAGAGAAACCAUAUGAAUGUCAUCUGUGUGAGAAAACUUUCAGUAAUAUUUCCCAACUUAGACAACAUGAACGAAUUCAUACUGGAGAGAAACCAUAUGAAUGCCAUCUAUGUGGGAAAGCCUUCAGUGUAUGUUCUUCCCUGAGACAACAUGAGAGAACUCACACUGGAGAGAAACCAUAUGAAUGCCAUCUAUGUGGGAAAGCCUUCACUGUAUGUUCUUCCCUGAGACAACAUGAAAGAACUCAUACUGGAGAGAAACCCUAUGAAUGUCAUCUAUGUGGGAAAGCCUUCACUCAGACUUCUGGUCUUAGACGACAUGAGAAAACUCACACUGGAGAGAAACAUUAUGAAUGUCAUCUGUGUGGGAAAGCCUUCAUUCAGUGUUCUGCCCUUAGACGACAUGAGAGAAUUCACACUGGAUAGACACCCUGUGAAUGUCAUCUCUGCGGGAAAGCCUUCAUGCAGUGUUCUGGCCUUAGAUGACAUAAGAAAACACACUGGAGAAAAACCCUAUGAAUGUCAUCUAUGCAGGAGAGCCUUCAUUCAAUGUUCUGGCCUUAGACAACAUUUGAAGUCACACUGGAAAGAAAUUAUGAAUGUCAUUUAUGUAGGAAAGCCUUCAUAUUGUAAUUCUUAGACAACAUGAGAAAACUCAUACUGGAGAGAAACCAUAAGAAUAUCCAUGUGUGGAAACCUUAAUUUAUUUUUAACCUUAGACAACAUGAGAGAACUCAAACUGGAGAGAAACCCUGUGAAUUCCAUACAUAUGAAAGGCUUCAGACACUCUUUUGACCUUAGACAACAUGAGAGAACGCAUACCACAUAUAUUUUGAACAUAGAUGAGACUUUAGCUCUUGAGUUAUCUUUUAAACAUACUGGAAAACUUACACACUGAAGAAACACUGUAAUCAGUUCUCAUAGAGCCUUUAGUCAUCCUAACUGCUUCAAUCUAAGCCAAUUCAUGUUGGAGAGAAUUGAUAUAUCAUCUUUGUAGCAAAGCCAUUAGUAGAUGGUCUGAUGAUAUACAACACAAGAAAACUCAUAAUAUCAAUGCAAGGGACAUGGAAGUCUUCAUCCCCUUCUAUGAUAGACUAACCACAGAAAUCAUGAGGGAAAUUCUGUGUCUGUAGUCAAUUUGCCAAUGCUUUAAUUUAAUAUUUGUCCUUUAAAAAAUGAGUGAACUCCAUAGGAGAGAAAUGCUGGUUCUGCCUUCAACCAAGCACUAGCCUUGGUGUGCAGUAAAACACUCAGCAUAGCAAUGACUAGUAAAAUACGAGAGAAAAGUCUUUACCAGGAGGAUGGAGCCUUUUGGGUAAGUGCCAGGUAAUUAGUGCUGGAGAAGUUAUUCAAUGAAAAAUCACACAAAAUCAUUUCAUACAGCAGCACUUGUAGGGCAAGUGAUAAUUUAAACUGUAUGAAACUCUUAUAUGUGUCAUGUAUGAAAGAAUAUAUUCAGUGAUCGUUCAUUCCUUAGCAUUGCUGAAAAGACAAUCUUAAAGUCAAUUUUGGAAAAGCUUCAGUGGAUGUCAAAUCUGAAAACUUGUAGUGUAAAAUAAAAUAUAUGAACACUUGAGCACACAAUUCAGCAAAAAAUCAAGAAUAUUAAACAAGUCUUACUAUUGAAAAUACAUGGGAUAAUAAUGUAGGGUCAUGAAGUGACCUGGGUGUACUGAAUGGUGAAUUUUGUGGAAAGUAAUAUAAAAUGAUAUUAACUAAGAUGAAUACUUACAUAUAUGUAAGCAACAAAGGUUGCUGAAAAUCUAGUGUUAGAUUUUAGACAUUUUAGUUGUUUUAUGCUGCUCUUAAAAAAAGUCUUACAGCACUCUGGAAAUAACUGAAUGCUAAUGCAAGCAUUUAGAAUACCAUAUUAUGAUUCCUAACUAUUACCUUAGUGUUAUAUAUUGUUCUUGGCAAAGGUGAAAACAAAUAUGAAUAAAUUAACACACUUUAAGAGUAGAGUCUGAUGGUACAUAAAUACUCCUCUUCUAAAAUACCAUUGAAUACUACCAUCAAAUUUAGAAAGGAACUAAAGAUAAAACUAUUUAAAUACAAUAAAACAUGUCAGUCCUGGAGAAUUGUGGGAUGAUUAGCUAGAAAGUCCCCAGAUUCCAGAAUCUGUUUGUCAUUCCAUACAUUAGAAUGUUAUUGCAAAUAGGCUUUAUCAAACAGGAACAUAGAGAUCACAGCAAACAAGGACAUGAAGUAUAUUGAAGUACUUGAAGGUUUGGAGAGUGUCCCAUUGUCAGGAGGUAUGCCUGUGCAUCACUUCCAAUUUAGAAUAAGGGGGCCUUUCUGGUAAUACCACUACUCCCAGACCACAAACCACCCUUGGGAAGGAACUUCCAGUGGGGAAAAGGAAAAAUUGAGAUUGCAAUUUUGCAGUUGUAGCCUCAUCAGGCAUCUCCCUGUUCCUACACCACCCAAAGGUUAGUAUUUCCCAACAUGCAUUAGAGUGCCUUGUUUCCCUUACACUGCAGUGCCUAAAUACCUUUAAAUGGGGUCACCACCCAGUAAGUUGUUCUUCCUCAUAGCCUUUAUGUAGUUAUUGGAGCCAAUUGUUCCAGUGCCCUCUUACCCCACUGCAAGUAGGUGAUAGGGAGCGUGAGGUGUCCAUGAUAUGCCAGGUAGGUAAACCUAUUGUGUCAUUUGUGAUGUGAAUGAGGUGGCUAUAUCUGAUUGGAGUGCAGUUGGCUAUAUGAAUAUUUUGCUAGAGAUGUUUCUCCACAGCUACCACAGAGGUUCUGGCUGCCACAUUUUGCAUGAGAAUUGCUGUCACUUAUACAGAGUGUGUAUCUAAAAUAGUUUUUGUCUAUAGUAAAACUCACCAGCUUUGUUAUUCUGUACCUUAUGUGAAUCAGUAGAAACCUCUUUUGUUGUCCACUAUAUUGAUGUCUCUGCAGAGGCAUGGGGUUUCUGUCACUUGGGCAUCUAUAUCUAAGAGACCAUGAAGGUUUGUAUGUUUUUGUAAUUAAAGAAGUUAUAGAUUUCCAGAAAAAAUCAUGUAAAAAAAUAUAGGCUUCCUGUAUACUCCCCCCAUUAUUAAUACUUUGCAUUAGUGUGGCACCUUUUUGCAAUUGAAGAAACAAUAUUAUAAUUGUUUUAUUUGCUAUAAUCCAUGGUUAACAUUAGGGUGCAUUUUUUUCCUAUAUAUCACCUUAUUAUUAACACCUUGCAUUAGUAUGGCACAUUUGUUAUAAUUCAUGACAGAACAUUUUAUAAUUGUAUUAUUACCUAUAGCCCAUCAUUUAC